CGCAUUGGUCCGCCGUCGGAUAAGCUGAAUAAUGCGGACUCACGAGCGAGGAAGCCCAGCGCUGUACACAGCUCUUCACUCUGCGAUUUUCCGUAAAAGACGCUGACAUCCUCUGCACAACCUGCUCAAGCGAUGGACUCUGUGGAUAAAUUCAAACUGGCUGCAGCACUCUUUAUUUGGGCGCUGGGACUUAUCGGCGGCAUUGCGCCAUUGCUGAGCAGCCAGCGCGUGAGCAAGCGCGCCAGUAGCAUACUGAACAUGGUGGCGGCCGGCAUUUUUCUCGCUAGCUCGUGCAUGCAUCUACUACCGGACGCGCAGAACAACGCAGCUCUCACGGAGUGGGGCUGCGAGCACACUGCCGAGGUCUUCCUGGCCGUGCGUACUCGCUACGACGGUGAUAACAAGCGUUGCUUCAAGUGGGCCAACUUCUUCUACGGCUGCGGCUUCCUCAUGGUGCUGCUCAUUGAGGUGCUCGCACACACACUGCAACGGCACUACAGUAAGGUGCAAAAUGGGCACAGACAGCAAGAACACGAUGCGCUGCUCACACUCGAUGGUACGCGAGCCACCGAGGUGAACAAUCUAGCCAAGACUAAUGGUCACUCACACGGUCACGCUCACGGUCACUCGCACGGCCAACUAGAGACUGGAGAUUACGGUACCCAAGGAGCGAGUACUGAGCUAACUCUCCACGCAGAAGACGACAAGGAGGAGCCACACUCGCACAUUCACGGCAUUGUCAAGGGCAACCCUAUCCUGGCGCUUGUCGUGUUCAUCGCUCUGUCUUUCCACUCAGUGAUGGAAGGUAUGGGCAUGGGAGCCUCGAGCAGUGCGGCUUGGGAUAUCCUCGUCGCCAUACUGGCUCACAAGUCGCUGGCGGCGUUCGCACUUGCGCUCGAGUUUCUACACCACAAUGUCUCGCGGAAGCAGCUUCUAUCCACCGUUGCAAUCUUCUCGCUUAUGACACCUACAGGCAUUUUGUUCGGCCGAUUACUGGUUGAUACUAACCAUGCGACGCCUGCCGGUGGUGUCUGUGCUGCAUUCGCUGGUGGCACCUUCCUGUUCGUUGCCAUCAUGGAAAUCAUCCCCCAAGAGCUGCAAGACCCUCGAUACCAGAUUGAGAAGUGCUCUGCUCUGCUCGCUGGCUACGGAGCCAUGGGAGUGCUCUCCCUCUGGACGUAAACGUACUUUUGAACUUAUGUAUUCUCGAAGACAAGAAGCUUCGAUCGUUAGGCAUUCAAUAGCCCAUAAACCGAUUCGCGUGGUGUGAAUGUCAACUCAGAAUUCGCUGAUAAAACGUUAGUAAAGAAGUUAAUGAGAGAAAGAACGUACUCAAAUAGCUAAAACCACGCCUUGGAAGCUCUUUCUUCUCUCUCGAGCUGUGUGGCCAACUCCACACCACAAUGUGCUUCUACAGUACU